AUGGCCUUAAAGCGGAUCCACAAAGAGUUGACCGAACUUCAAAGGGAUCCGCCGCCCGGAUGUACGGCCGGACCGAUAGGCACCGACUAUUUCCAGUGGACGGGCACUAUAGAGGGUCCGCCGGGCACUCCCUAUGAGGGCGGCCUCUUCAACGUGAACAUCACUUUCCCGCAAAACUACCCGUUCAGCGCCCCUCGCAUUUCGUUCACCACUCAGGUAUACCAUCCGAAUAUCAGCGAAACCGGCGCCAUAUGUCUGGACACACUGACCAAGAACUGGAGCGCUUCCCUUUCCAUUGGCAAAGUGUUGAUGUCUGUGCAGCAGCUGUUGGCCGACCCCAACCCCAAUGACCCACUCGACAGUAUGAGCGCUCGUCAGUAUCGGUCUAAUCGGGAAAGAUUCAACAGAACCGCCCGACAGUAUACCCAACAGUACGCCAGCCCUCCAGACGGCUAUGUGUUCACCACUCAGUCCACUACCACUCCGGCCAACAAUCAGGACAGCGCCGGUAGGGGUGGCUCUGGUAAUAGCGGGUAA